AUGGGUUUCUGGUCGCGCAAAUCAUCUCCUCCCCCAUCAACUCAACGGGAGAAUGUUAAAUCGAAACAUAAACCGGCACCGAAGAAAGUGGCUCCCCCUCCCCCUAAACCCAAAUCGAAACCAAAACCGAAACCGAAACCGAAAUCUCGUCCUAGAAGAAUAAUCAUACAUUUUGUUCGUCACGCCGAAGUACGUGUCCCUCCCCCUCCCAACCCAACAUUCCCUAAACAUCCUCUCCUAACCACCCACCCCUCAGGGCUACAACAACCUGGGCACCGCAGGCGUCGGAAACCUCACCGAUCCCCUCCUGACCCCCGCGGCAAAUCCCAAUGUCUGACGCUCCGCACGCAAUUUUCCCAUCUCAACCCCCGGCACAUCCUCUGUUCCCCGCUCCGCCGCACCCUGCAAACUGCGCUCCUCUCCCUCUCUCCCCGCACCACAAUCCCCAUCACCGUCGAUCCGGAGCUGCGCGAAUACGGCUCCGUGCCGAAUUGUACGGGGUCGUCGAUUGCGGAGCUGAAGAGGAAACAUGAGGGUGUGGGGAUUGCGGUCGAUUUUUCGAGGGUGAAGGAGGGGUGGGAGAGGAAUGGGGAGAGGGAUGGUGGGUAUAUCGGGGGGAGGUGGAGGAGGAGUAGGGAGCAGAGGGAGAGGAGUCAGCGGGUGUUGAAGAGGUUGUGGGAGGUGGGGAGGGAGGGGUUGGAGGCGGAGAGGGAGAGGGGGUCCGGCAGGGAUGUGGAGAUUUUGGUUAUUUCGCAUGGAGAGUUUUUGCAUGGGUUGACGGGGGAUUACUGGCACAACGCCGACAUCAUCUCGCUCACCAUGAUCAAAAGCAGUCGAGGCUACAGAUUUAUCGAUCCACCGAACCGAUUUGCGUAUCACUGA